AUGGCUGGCAGCGACCCGAGCAGGUCGCCGCCCAAGGCCGGCAUUACCUUUACUAGGGAUUUCGAAAUUGUCGAAAUGAGCAGCCUGUCCACCACCACAAACGACAAGGACCAAGCGGCCUUUAACAGCACAACCUCGUACGCCGUCUCCACCGCGCCGCGACCGGUCCGGUAUGCCAACCAAAAGGCCGCAGGCCAGAGAUGGGUGGACAGCUUCAAGCAGGUCGAGGGCUCGCCCGAGAUCAUCAAGGAUGGAUACUACGUCACCGAGGGCAUGGAGGAAAUGCCUCGCGAUCCGGACCGCUACUACGACCUACACGCCGCCAACGCGAGAACAGCCAACUCGGCGCUGGUGCGCGACCUCAAGGGCCGACACCUGCAAAUGAUUGCAAUCGGAGGCUCUAUCGGUACCGGCCUUUUUGUAGCUUCUGGAGUCGAUCUCGCGCAGAGCGGUCCUGCCUCGAUGCUCACGGCGUAUGCGCUCACCGGUGCCAUGCAAUUCUGUACCAUGCAGAGCUUGGCUGAGCUCGCCGUUGUAUUUCCCAUUUCAGGAUCCUUUUCUGCAUUUUCCACCAGAUUCCUUGACCCUUCGUGGGGCUUUGCCAUGGGCUGGAACUAUGCACUACAAUGGCUUGUUGCGCUGCCGUUGGAAGUCAUCGCCGGCGCGUUGACAGUCGAAUACUGGAACGCCAGUCUCAGCAAAGCCAUCUUCGUCACGAUAUUCCUGCUCGUGAUUGCCGUCAUUAAUCUUUUCGGCAUCAGAGGCUAUGGUGAAGCCGAGUUCAUUUUCUCCACCAUCAAGGUGACUGCUAUUGUUGGCUUCAUUCUUCUCGGUAUUGUUGUCAACAUCGGCGGCACUCCCCACGACGGCUACAUCGGUGGCAGAUACUGGUCCGACCCCGGCGCGACAAAGAACGGCUUCAAAGGCUUCUGCAACGUCCUGGUCUCAGCUGCAUUCGCCUUUUCCGGCACCGAGUUAGUCGGUCUCGCCGCCGCCGAAACGGCCAACCCACGCAAGUCGAUUCCGACGGCCAUCCGCCAGGUGUUCUGGCGCAUCGCCAUCUUCUACGUCGUGGCCCUGCUGCUCGUGUCGCUCCUCGUCCCGCACGACGACCCGCGGCUGCUCGGCGCCAAAUCCUCCGUCGACGCCUCCGCCAGCCCCUUUGUCAUCGCCAUCGAGAGUAUGGGCCAGACCAUCCUGCCCAGCAUCAUGAAUGCCGUCAUCCUCCUCGCCGUCAUCUCCGUCGGCAAUUCGGCCGUCUUCGGCUCCUCGCGCACCCUCGCCGCGCUCGCCGAGCAGUCCCACGCCCCCAAGAUGCUGGCGUACAUUGACCGCAAGGGCCGGCCACUCGUCUCUGUGCUUAUCACCCUGGCCGUCGGCCUGCUCGCGUACCUCGUCGACCUCAAACAGCAGGGCGAAAUCUUUGACUGGCUCAUCGCCAUCUGCGGCCUCUCCAGCCUCUUCACCUGGGGCAGCAUCUGCCUCUGCCACAUCCGCUUCCGCCGCGCCUGGAAGCUUGCCGGCUACUCGCCCCACCAGCUGCCCUUUCAGUCGCAGGUCGGCCUCGUCGGCUCGUACGCCGGCCUCAUAGCGAACCUCCUCGUGGUGGCGUCGCAGUUUUGGACGGCCGUCGCGCCGCUCGGCGGCCAGGUCGACCCCUCCUCCAUGGGCAUCGCCAAGAACUUCUUCCUCAAGGUGCUGGCGGUGCCCAUUGUGCUCAUCUUUUACCUGGGCCACAAGCUCUGGUUCAAGACGCACAUUCUGCGUGCCAAGGCCAUGGACAUUGAUACAGGACGGAGCUUCAGCCGCGCGCACUCGAUUCACAUGGACGACCCCGACCCGCACAGCCAGUGGCCGCUGUGGAAGCGCGUGUAUCGCUCCCUGUGCUGA